CGCCCUCAACACAUGCAGAUAAAGUAAGACUUCUGAACGGUUUUUUUCCAGAAAAGAACAAAAAAAACAAAAGCAUUUUACAAGUUGAGGAGAAAAACGCACACUUAGGAGAAGUUCAGCCCGUGCUGUUUGCAAUGUCUACAUGCAGAUAGUGGACGGUCGCCGCUUCUGAACCGGUGGGCUCGGCGGACUGCGGGGGAGCCCGUCAAGAUGGACACCUCUGAUGAUGUGGACAUUUGUCGGGUGUGUCGGUCAGAGGGGAGCCAGGACAAGCCGCUCUACCACCCCUGUGUUUGCACAGGCACCAUCAAGUUUGUCCAUCAGGAAUGUUUGCUUCUCUGGUUGAAACACAGCAGAAAAGAAUACUGUGAAGUAUGCAGCCACAGGUUUGCAUUCACACCAAUCUACUCUCCAGACAUGCCGCCUCGCUUGCCUGUGCAAGAUAUUUUUGUGGGGCUGGUCAUCAGUAUUGGGACCGCGCUGAAAUACUGGCUCCAUUACACACUGGUGGCGUUUGCCUGGUUAGGUGUGGUCCCUCUCACAGCAUAUCGAAUCUACAAGUGUUUAUUUACUGGCUCUGUGAGCUCUCUCUUUACUCUGCCAUUAGAUAUGCUUUCAACGCAGGACCUGCUCAUCGACUGCCUCCAGGGCUGUGUUAUCGUCAUGUGCACGCUGUGCAGCUUCAUCAGCCUGGUGUGGCUCAGAGAACAGGUCAUCCACGGUGGCGCCCCCCACUGGUUGGAACAGAACCAACCCCCAGCAAAUGAGGGCGACAACGCCGCUGUCGAUGCCGAAGCUGCUGCUGCUGCUGCUGCAGGUGAGCAGGAUCCUGCGAACGCUGCUCCUGACGAACAGCAGGCGCCUGCCGACCAACUCGAAGCUGAACUGAACGACGAGGAAGACGACAAUGGAGAGGAGGACGAGGAGGAAAGGGAAGAGGAUGCCGUUGACGUUUAUCUCAGAAUGCAUGAUCUAAUCUGGAAUGUGUUUGAGUGGGAGCAUGCGGCAGAUGAACUGACUUGGGAACGGAUGCUCGGGCUUGAUGGAUCUCUAGAUUUCUUGGAGCACGUCUUCUGGGUGGUGUCCUUCAACACGCUCUUCAUCCUGGUCUUUGCGUUCUGCCCGUAUCACAUCGGCCAUUUUUCAGUGGUUGGACUCGGCCUCGAAGACUACCUCAAACCGACGCACUUUGACGGCCUCAUCACCACACUGCUUGGAUACGUCGUCCUCGCUGGAGCUCUCAUUACCUGCCACUCGCUGGCUUCUCUGGUGAAGUUUCAGCGUUCCCGCUGGUUCCUGGGCGUCUGCUAUAUUGUCAUCAAGGUGUCCCUGCUGGUUUUCAUGGAGUUAGGCUUGUUCCCUCUGAUUUGUGGCUGGUGGCUCGACAUUUGUUCGCUGGACAUGUUCAAUGCCACGCUCAGUAACCGGAAGCUGAGCUUUGAUGCUUCUCCUGGAACAAACCUGGGUCUGCACUGGCUGGUCGGCGUCGUCUAUGUUUUCUAUUUCACCUCUUUCAUCCUCCUACUGAGACAGGUACUUCGACCAGGCGUCCUCUGGUUUCUGAGGAACGUCAGUGAUCCCGACUUCAACCUGGUCCAGGAGAUGAUCCACUGCCCGAUGCACCGACACCUGUGGAGGUUUACACUCUCUGUUGUGUUUUUUGGCUCCCAGGUCUUGCUGAUGCUUUGGCUUCCCGUUAGAAUGGUUAAAACGCUCUUCCCGACCUUCCUCCCCUACAAUGUCACCAUUUACAGCGAUUCCCCAGUCACCGAGCUGUCGCUGGAGCUGCUGCUGCUUCAGGUGGUCCUGCCAGCAUUACUGGAGCAGGGAAACACUCGCCACUGGGUCAGACACCUCAUCCACGCCUGGACGUUCACCGCUGCGUACAUGUUCGAUCUUCACUCGUACCUGCUGGGCGGCCAGAACAUGGAGGACGACGAUAAUGACGAAGAUGAGGACGACACGGACGACGAGGACGAGGACGACGACGACGACGACGAUGAAGACGGCCACGUGGCGGUCCUGGGGCUGGACAUCAUCCGUCAGGCCGUCCUGCAGCUGGAUCAGCCCUUCAACUUCCAGCCGUACCAGCGGCCCGCCAACUUCCCCCUCAAGAUCGUUUUGCUGAUCAUCUUUCUGUGCGCGACUCUCGUCGUCACCAGUUUCAUCUGCAUCACGAUGCCAGUGUUCGUGGGUCGCUGGCUCAUCUCGCUCUGGAUGGGCAGCGCCACAGUUCAUGAGAUGUACACGGCGGCCAGCGGCCUGUACGUCUGCUGGAUCGCCAUUCGGUGCACCACCGGGCUGGUCUGCUGGAUGCCGCUGGGACGCUCCGGCCUCAUGUUCAAAUUUCACGAGUGGGAAGUCAUGGUAGUGAAGACCGCGGUCGUCGCUGUGCUGCUGGUGGGAGUGGUUCCUCUGCUGGUGGGCUUGCUGUUGGAGCUGGUCAUCUUCGUUCCUCUCAGAGUCCCCCUGAACCAGACGCCACUCUUCUUCCUCUGGCAGGACUGGGCUCUGGGCGUGCUUCACACCAAGAUCUUUGGUGUGAUGGUGCUGAUGGGACCUCAGUGGUGGUUCAAAACUGCCAUUGAACAGGUGUACGCUAACGGUAUUAGAAAUAUCGACCUCCACUUCAUCCUGCGAAGGCUGGCUGCUCCACUGCUCUCUGUCCUGCUGCCCUCGCUCUGCGUUCCCUACGCCAUCGCCAAGGGGCUCGUUCCUCUGCUGGGAGUGGAGCCGGAGAUACAGACGCUGGUGGAAAGAAAAAUCUAUCCCUUCAUGAUGCUGGUGGUGAUACUGUUGGCUGUCAUGUACUUCCAGAUACGACAGUUCAGACGCUUCUAUGAAGACAUCAAAAAUGACAAAUACCUGAUCGGACAGCAGCUGGUGAACUACGAGCGAACCUCCAGCAGGAGCAUCUGUAGCACCUCCUCGUAGACUGAACGCCGCUGCUCGAGCCUUUUUGUUUUCUGCUUGCUUGGCUGUCGACUUCAGACACGAGCUGAAAACUCCUGACCGCUGCUCUCACAGAGACGCCGAAAGGUGAAAACAAAAAACAUUUCUGAACAGGGUUGUUCCCAACCUGCAGAAACUGACUGAAACUCAGCAGAGCCACACUGUGCCCAGGUGUUUCCUCUUCAGUGCAGCUGGAUGUUUUCCUUUUCAUUUACCUUCAUUACUUCUUAUUAUUUUUAGAAAGGUGUUUGGAUUGAAAACAGGUCAAGUGAGAUUUUACCUUAGAAUGUGUUUUCCUUUGAAUGUGUGUUUUGGAAUGCUGUAAACUGUCAGAGUUGCACUAAGUGUCUUUUUCUUUUUUUUUUUUUAAAUCAUGUGUGGAAAUAUUUCCAUAUCCGUGGGCCUGUUACUGGUUUUACUGGCUUCAUCAGAUGGAAGCUGUAGGUGACGAAGACGCCUUGAACAAGGGGUGUUAGAUUGUAUUUAAAGUUCAUUUUAAGAACAGAAAACUUUAUUCAAUCAAAAUUAAUGUUCAUUUUUGCUUUAAUUUAGCAGCUUGACCUUUUCUCUAUGGACUCCUGUACAAAUCGGUCCAGUUCAUGGAAGACAUUGCAAACCGGAAUCUGAGCCUCCUUCUUCUGCUAAUGUGGACGUUGGAGGAAUAAGAUGGAAAGAUUUGUAUAUGCAAUACCUCCUUUAUAUCAGACCGCUGUGAGCUCUGAAACAUCCACUCCUCACCUCACUUAACUCCUCCUACCUUCCCUCCAUUCUGAUGUGAAAUAACCCUUUUAAAUAAACACCACUAGGCAUCGUAUGUAGCCAUGUGACAGUCCUCUUUUUCCUCAGCUGUGAGAUUUUAUUGAUUUUCAUUUCCAGAUAAUCCCCUGAUAAUUCCCUUUUACUAAAGAAAUAUAAAAAAGAGCAGAAGAGCGGCAUUGUUUUGGUCAAUGUCUACAGAACACUUUUCCGUUUUGUGUCCUGUGAAUCUUAACAAUAGUCUGGGUUGUAUCGUAGCAUCCCGGGCUUCUGUGUAGCUUCACACAUUUUCACACCUUCAGGAGAGGAGAGGUCUCACAGCAGAGCACUUUCUGCAAAUUCAAGUGUUUAAAUACUCCUACGCACCAGUGAAGUCUUUCCAUUUCUGCUCACACAACAGAAAACUGCAAGUCGAGUAUUGAGUCAGCAAAGUUAUCUUCCCGCUCGUUUCCAUCUGUGUUGAUUCAAUUCAGGAGAAGUUUGUCGCCACUCGGUUCAGUUCACAGUCUGACACGUGACGAUAUCAGGAUGAUGUACACCCAGAGAUUCUUGUUUUUGGAAAAUGCUCAGUUGUCAAGGGUGAAACACGCCGUUUCAUUCUGUCCUAAGAUGUGAUAUUGAUUCACAAAACUGAGUUUUAAAAGUGUUUUUUUUUUUUCUUUUUCACACCAGGAUCCACAGGCGAUAACGAAGAAAAACAUUUUCUUAGUGUUAACUUACAGUUUUGUACCAAAGCUUCUUUUAUUUGAAUUAAUCUCCAUCACACAAGUAAUACAUUAAGGUGUGUUUUAGUUAAACCCUCUUUUCAUCUGUAAGAAAAGCUUCAUGCCUGACAGAUAUCCCAACGCCGCACUGUGUUCAGUCAGAUCCUGACCCUCAUUGUCAUUUUUACUUGGCAGCUAGACUACAUGUGCUGUGUCUUUGUAAUAUUCAAUCGUUUGAUUUAAUUUUUUUUUUAGUAAAAUAUAUUAAUUACUUAGAAAUGUGGCAUUCCUUUGACCACCUCAAUGAGCUCCAUUGUUGAGUAAAAUUCAUCCCGCGUGCCAAAACUGAGGAGAUAUAAGGACAGAUAUAAGCACUGAUGUCAUCUGUGAGGAAAAGAAAGCAAACUUUUCAAAAUACCACAUUCUAAUUAUUUCUGUAUGUAAAAAUCAACAUCCUUGUGUUGUUCUCCCAGUAUUUCUCUUGUGUAACCACGUUGAAAAAUUAAAACAUCAGCCAAAGAAAGCACAACCAAUUCCUUAGGUUUGAAAGGUUUCUGCCCCCCUUUAUUUUAUUUUAUUAUUUUUCUGGACAGUCGUGUGUUUUUAUGCAAAUGUUUUGCACUUUGUCGUCUGAAGCCAUUUCAGAAAAGGGAGUCAUCACCGGUGGAUUUGUGUUUAAGUGAAAAUAGCUGUGUUUUACCAUGAUGACCUUCAUCUUAACGCUAAUGUUGCAUCAGCCUGCGUUUGUUUUCACUCUGCAUUAUUUUACAUCUUCAAAAUAGAAAAAGCGUUUUACCGUUUGAUGUGAUUGCUGUGAGAGUUCAGAUUAUAUGAACGAUGAUAUAAAAAAAUCAACCUUUUAGUAUCUUUGAACCGAAAUGAACAGUUUUUGGUGUUGGAUUUCUAAAUGCCUUCUAUUUUUAUAUGUGCCAAUAGCGGUAGUGAACACUAACAUAUUUUAUUAUGAAAAUAUAUUCAAGGCCCAUGCUUCUAUCGUCUUAGAUUGUUUGCUUAGAUAUUAAAACUGCGGUGGUGGGAGUUUUUAUUUAAUCUUGCAAGUGUGAUGUUAGUGGGAGUAUCGGAAGUUUAUUUGUGUUUUUCUGUCGCAAAAGGGAAAAAGUUGGUCAUGAAACUGUCGACAUGAUGCAGCAAACACACCGAGAUUGUCACACUCUGCUCUUUUAAAGGUGUAGCCACUGUUUGUUCAAAUGAAACAAUAAAUAGAUU